AUGGGAGCAGCAACGUCGUCGGAAUUUGAUGGCGUUGAUCAGCGGCGUCGAGCGUUCUCGAUGGCCGGUCGCUUAUCGAGAAGUGUUGAUAAUGAUUAUGUGACCGCGUUUGACGUGAAACAAAUGAUGGAGCAGCGGAUGAGAGCCGAGACGGUGACGGUGGCAGCGUUGCAGCGAAGUGCGAGCAGCGAUCGAAUCGAACGCGAGAUUCUCGACGGGAUACUGAUGGAGACGAAGAAGGCGACGCCGCCGAUGGCGGUCGCUGUCAAGAAGAAGGCGAGCGUAUGUUCGCAGCGAUCGGAGGACUCGGGUGUCGGCGGCUCGCAUCCCGACUCGCCCGUCCUUCCGCCGCCGUCGAUGCGACGCGUGACAGUCUCGAACAUCGAUGAGACGAUUGUGUUCGACGCCGACAAACCGGUGAAGAAGGGCAAAAUGAGGCGAGCGAUGAGGAAGGUGUUCAAGAAGAAUGACGAUGAUAAGGGCGAGAAGCGAAGAAGGUCCAAAUCGUUGGGUGCCGCGUUGGCGCAUGAUUUUGAGAGUUUUCAAUAA